UCCGUGUGGCGGCGGCGGCUCCGGCUCCGGCUCCGGCUCCGGCUCCGCGUCCGCCAUGGCGUCCUGCGCCGACAUCCUCCGCAGCGAGUUCCCCGACCUGGACGGCGAGGUCUUCGCUUACGUGACGGGCGCCGUGUCGCCCGCAGGGAUCCUGCACGGCGGCAGCGCCGACUUCGAGUCGGUGGACGACCUGGUGGAGGCGGUGGGGGAGCUGCUGCGGGAGGUGUCGCAGGACGCCAAGGACGACGGCGCCAUCCGCGAGAUCUGCCAGCGCCUCUUCAACACGCUGCAGCUGGACGAGCGGAGGGCCCAGUGCUGCAGCCAGGUGCUGCUGGACGCCCCCAUCCAGCUCUCGCAGAUCGCCGACAGCUACGAUGCCAGCGUGGACCUGUUGCCAGGGCUGUUGCUGAAGAGAGACCAGACCUCGAUGGUAAAUGCCAAGAAACUGGAGAAGGCAGAAGCUAGGCUGAAAGCCAAGCAGGACAAGAGGAUGGAGCGGGAUUCCCUAAAGACUUCUGGUCCUCUAGUCCUUGAGGAGGCAUCUGCCAGCCAAGCUGCCAGCAAGAAGGAGACCCGCAUGGAGUCAUCAGGCAAGAACAAGUCAUAUGAUGUGCGCAUCGAGAAUUUCGAUGUGUCCUUUGGCGAGCGUGUCUUACUCGCGGGGGCAGACCUGAACUUGGCAUUCGGACGGCGCUAUGGGCUGGUGGGCAGGAACGGGCUGGGCAAGACCACGCUGCUGAAGAUGAUUGCCAGCCGGAGCUUGCGCAUCCCCUCGCAUAUCAGCAUCCUGCAUGUGGAGCAGGAGGUGGCAGGCGACGAGACGCCGGCCCUGCACAGUGUGCUGGAGUGUGACACUACGCGCGAGAGCCUGCUGCGGGAGGAGAGGGAACUGACAGCCAGGGUUAAUGCUGGCAGGGGAGAAGGGACAGAAGGUGCCAGGCUAUCGGAGAUCUAUGCAAAGUUGGAGGAGAUUGAGGCAGACAAGGCACCAGCAAGGGCAUCUGUCAUUCUCGCUGGGCUGGGCUUCAAUGCAAAGAUGCAACAACAGACAACCAAAGAGUUUUCCGGAGGCUGGAGAAUGAGACUGGCUUUAGCCAGAGCCCUUUUCGCUAGGCCAGAUCUCCUUUUGCUGGAUGAGCCAACAAACAUGCUGGAUGUGAGGGCCAUUUUGUGGCUUGAGAACUACCUGCAGACUUGGCAGUCAACCAUCCUAGUGGUGUCCCACGACAGGAAUUUCCUGAAUGCUGUGGCCACGGACAUCAUCCACCUGCACUCACAGCGGCUGGAUACAUACCGUGGAGACUUUGAGAACUUCAUGAAGAUCAAGGAGGAGCGACUGAAGAACCAGCAGCGCGAGUAUGAAGCUCAGCAGCAGUACCGUGAACAUAUCCAGGUAUUCAUCGACCGCUUUCGCUACAAUGCCAACCGGGCAUCCCAAGUGCAGAGCAAGCUUAAGCUGUUGGAGAAGCUGCCAGAGCUGAAACCUGUGGACAAGGAGUCUGAGGUGAUAAUGAAGUUCCCUGAUGGCUUUGAGAAGUUCUCCCCACCCAUCCUGCAACUAGAUGAAGUAGACUUCUAUUACAACCCAAGUCAAUACAUCUUUCAUUCCCUCUCUGUCUCUGCUGACCUGGAGUCCCGCAUCUGUGUGGUUGGGGAGAACGGAGCCGGCAAAUCAACCAUGCUAAAGAUCCUAAUGGGGGAGCUGACACCAGUCAGAGGAAUCAGACAUGCUCACAGAAACCUAAAAAUUGGCUACUUUAGCCAGCACCAUGUGGAUCAGCUGGACUUGAACAUUAGUGCUGUAGAGUUACUGGCAAAGAAGUUCCCAGGGAAGACAGAGGAGGAGUACCGGCAUCAGCUGGGGAGCUACGGUGUUUCGGGGGAGCUGGCCGUGCGCCCUGUUGCCAGCCUGUCUGGAGGUCAGAAGAGUCGAGUGGCCUUUGCCCAGAUGACUAUGCCCUGUCCAAACUUCUACAUCCUAGAUGAGCCAACAAAUCACCUGGACAUGGAAACCAUUGAAGCACUGGCAAAGGCACUGAAUAAAUUCCGGGGUGGUGUAAUUCUGGUGACCCAUGAUGAGCGCUUCAUCCGCCUGGUGUGCCAAGAGCUGUGGGUAUGCGAGAAUGCCACUGUGACUCGCAUCGAAGGAGGCUUCGACCAGUACAGAGACAUCCUGAAGGCGCAGUUCCGGAAGGAGGGCUUCCUAUAAAGGAGGCGGGAGCCAGACUGCACGAGUGGGCUGGAGCGCCAAGUUUGGCCCCUUUAGUGUCCAUCUGAACUGUGCCUGGCAGAGCGCCUGAGGACGCCGCUGCCCCCAUGGACCAUCAGCCGUGCCAUCAGACUGCCAUCUGAAUGCCCUUCCCUCCUGGGACUGGAAAGGAACUGGAUGGCCCCUGCUCAGCCCCUCCCGUUCUCCUGCCCUGGCCUGGUCAGGCAGAGGGGGAGGAGAGUGCGGGGCCUAGUGCUGUGUGUGGCUGGGGACACACAGCGAGCAUUGCUCCUUGUGGGCACCACCUGCGUGGUGCCCCCAAAUGCUGCUGCGGGCCAGGGCUGGCCCCGGCUCUGGGCCCACUGGAAAUGCUACACCUGGAGCUGCUGCUCUGCUGAGAUAAGGGAAGAAGUUUGGGCCUCCCCCAUCCCUGCUUUUAAUUCACAGUGCCCUGAAGGGCAGGAGAGAAGCUGAUCUCCCCUGUUUUUUUUUUUUUCCUUCCACCUAUGCUUUUUUCCUUUUUCCAUUUUUUUCUAAUCAGCUAACCACUAGUCAGAUGCCUGUAAGAUGUUUUUCCUCUCAGCUCUGUCAAUAUACUGCCCUCCCCUCUGCCCCCCUAGAGGGGAGUGAGGCCUUUGCUGCUAACAGUGACCCCUGUCUUUUCACUGAGCCCCUUGGAAGUGAGGGUGAGAGAGUUUUGGUUUCGCUUUCCUCCCCGUAGCCUUGUGUUUAUAUCAGGGAGGGAGCAAGAUCUUGUCUUCGCCCAGGGCCUGGGCCCAGAUCCAUGCUCUUUUCCCCAUGCAGGCCUCGUUCCGUGCCGCUGCUGUGUGUGUUUCGUUUCAAACUGGUGACAGUGUGUUGUGAGGUGGGCUCUUUGGCACUGGGCGACACUCCCUGUCCAUCAGCACAGAGGUUGCAGUGUAAAUAAAAGCAGAACACGGUGCAAAA